AUCUUGAAACAAAUCAUGUUAUUUUCUAAAUCAUACAACACAACUCUAAGAGACGAUGGGUAUCUUCUUGUGAUUUCAGGCAUCCCUAUAGCUCAGCAGCACCUGAUCUGGAAGUCUGAGGAGCUGGAGGAUGAGUACUGUCUCCAUGACUACCGUAUCCACGAUGGCGCCACUCUCAAACUAGUCCUGGCAAUGCGCGGCGGACCCAUCAACACACGCAGAAUUCCAAUGGAGGACCCGGCACUGCGAGAGAUGGCCGAGUACGUGGAAGCCAACCGGGAUGAAAUCCUUGAAAAGUUGCCUGGCAACAGGCAGGUCACCCUAGUCGUGUUCCGAGAGGGAGACCAGCUCAAUUUCUUCCGGGUAGUUGACCGAGGUGAUGGCACCCUAACUCCGCUCUCAGAGUCCUUAAGUGGUGUUUCUAUGGGAAACUUGUAUGAUGAGGAAGAGGAGGAGGAUGCUCCCUCCAAGGAGAAGGUAGAAGAGAAUGAGCAACUCAAGGAGAAAAUGAAACAGAUCAGGCUAAAAAUGGAUAAGCUAAAUAUCAGCAAAAAGCCACACAGAAAACCUCAUCCACCCAGCUCUGGACGUGCCAGCAGUCGCACAUCACGUCUGCGACAUCUCCCAGCCAGCACCAGCUACAGUCUUGCUGGCACCAGCUCGCUGAACCGCAACCUCUGUCUGCCCCCUGUGGGUCACACAGUAGGGCCCAUGAGUCACCACUCCAGCUUCGCUCUGCGACACUCCUUACUAAGAGACCGCAUGGAGAGGCGCGAGAGGGAGGAGGAGAAGGAGAAGGCUUCAGCUGCAUUUGAAACUUCCCUGGCAGCUGUGGGAGGGGCCUCCAAGCUGGCGUCAGAUUCAGAUGACUCAGACGGGGGUGAGCCUAGUUAUGAGCUCGAUAGUCUGGAACAGCUCACUAAAGUGUUGUCACGCGUCAUGGAUGCUGGUGGCUAUGGCGUUGAUAAUAGUAAUGAGGAAUAUCCAGAUUUAGAAACUGUAGAUGAAAUUUCUAGUGAUAUUAAAGAGACUUCAGGUCAAGAUGACCAUAUAAGUGAUAAACCAGUUGAUCCAGGGGAGCAUGACAAGACAGUCACUGAACCUGCUGUGUCUAACUGUGAUAAAGGCAGUGCCAGUAAGAGUCCUGCCAAUGCGAAGCGUGAUUUACUCAGGUUGGGCAGUCAGGCGGAGGAAGGGGCCGUUGGGGGAGUAUCCAGGCCUGUAACAUCCACUAAAAUUAAAGACACUUCACCUGACUAUGUUCGUGAGUCCCUACGUGCCACACCCUCUUCCAAGGGCAAGUCUAAAAUUAAGGACUAUUCUCUUUUCGACAGCCUUCGGGACACUCUUGGGGGCAGUUCAUCCUUGUCCAGGCAUAGCUCCCUUGAUAAGAGAAAGGAGUUUACAUUAGAAAGUUUGAGUACCAGUGAAGCAAGAGCGAUGUCUGGAUUACUUCGUCAGGCAUCCCUAGAGAAAGUUGGCUCUUCUCGGAUAGGAAAUGUGACUGUAACAAGUGCUAGUAGAAACAGGGUCUCUGGAAACUACACUCUUGGAAGCUCUACAUUCCCUGAUGCUCGCAUCACAACCCCAGAAGGCCGACUUAUGUCUGCGCGGUUGCAGAGAAUGACUGCAAGUCGAGACGGUCGGAUUCUGUCCCCCACGCACCGCCUGCCGCCAGUCAAGGCAAAAAAGAAGGCAACUAAACGCUGCUUUCUCUGCGCAAAGAAGACUGGCUUGGCUUGUAGUUAUGUGUGCAGAUGUGGCAACAACUAUUGUGCCAGUCAUCGUUACGCAGAGUCACAUGACUGCACAUAUGACUACAAGACUGAGGGGCGCAAGCUUCUAGAACAGAACAACCCUGUAGUCAGUGCCCCAAAACUACCCAAAAUUUGAACCUGCCCACCCACUUUAUUGUUGUGAUAAAUUUUCUACAGAAUCUGUUAUAAGUUCAUUUAUUAUCUUAAUUAUAUUUUGUUAUUGACAUUGUUGUUGUUGAUUCACCCGUUUUCCUUUUAUCAUGUAGAUGUUAGAGAUUUAUUUUGUUCUUUUUUUUAAAUCUUAAUGCAUAAUGAAAUGAUAAAGCAAAAUCAAAAUUACUUACAAUUAUUAUGUUGUUUUUGUAUUUGUUUAAUUAGGGUAAAAUCAUGUAUUUUAUGUGGGUGUGUAAACCUAGACAUACAUUUUAAAGACUUCAAUUGUUAUACUUUACUAGAAGUGUUUCUAAAUUAGCCCAAAUUAAUAUAAUUUUAGAAACACCAAAUAUAAUUGGUAGCUUUAUACACUGCCCAUUCCUGAUUGUCUGUGAAGUGUUUGAACUGAUGCAAUUUAGGUGAUACUUUGUACUGCAGUAACAAUGUUGCUUGAGUUUAAUAAAAUAAAAAAUCAAGAAGAGUUUAUUUUGAGUUUGUGUGGUACAUUUAACACAAAUAUUUUAAAUUGAUAACUUCAAGCAUGUUUUGGACUAAGAUCUUACAAAAUAAUUUACUAUUUUGUAAGUAUCAGAUAAGUUAUACCUUGUCACCCUUAUGAGAAAGAAUAGACUUCACACAUAUCUUCAAUGAAGCCAGUUGUAUAUGAAGACUUUUAUACCAUCAUAUUUAAAUAGGGUACCAGUCAUGAAAUUGUGAGCUUGAUAUUUUACAUAACAUAUUAUAAUACAGUACUUCUAGAUGUGUUUAAUGAAUUGUUUUUGUUUACUUCAUAAAGUGUAUACACUAUGUUUUGUUUUUUUGUUUUAUUCAAAAAUAACCGAUUGAUGCUAAUCAUUUUUAUUGAUAAACUCAUAAAAUCCUAUUAUAAAAUAACCAAUUAAUGAAUUAAACUAAUUUGUUGAAUGCACCUAUAACACAUGUACUUUUAGUUGGUGGUAAUCAGUGACUGUAUCAAAUGAAUUGUGUUGAUUUAAAAUGAAUUUAUUAUACUCUGUAUUAAGAUAAGAUAUUAAUGAUAACUUAGACAAGAUUUUACAUAGAAGUGAGUUGUUUAUAUAAUGUAACAAAAGAUAAAGAUUUUAUCAAUUAUUGUUUAUGUAUUCUGUAAAAUUGAAAUAGGUUUUUGCAUAUGCAAACAUUAUUUUGUUGUUAUUACUUAUAACAUACUAAAAGUGACCAUUAUAAAUUUGACUCUGUUGUGGCAUAUAGCUGUUUAACUAUAUUUAAGUCCUCUUUCGAAGAAGAGGGAGUAUAUUGUUUUGAUGGAUGUGGGACAGUCAGUCUGUCAGUUUGUUAGAAGGCCAGUUUGUUUCCGAUCAAUAACUUGUCAAGGAAUUGACCGAUUGUCUUGAUACUUCGCAUGUGCUUUCGCCCUUGGACAGUAGAUGACCCCUAUUGAAAAUGGGAUUAUUUGGUCAAAGGUCACUGUCACAAUAAGUGUGAAAAUCGUUUCUGAUCAAUGAAUUGUCAACAAAUUGAAAGAUUGGCUUGAUACUUAGCAUGUGGAUUGGCCUUGGACAGUAGAUGACCCCAAUUGAAAAUGGGUUCACUUGGUCAAACGUGCAUGUCACGGUGGCAUUAAGUGUUAAAUAUGUUUCCGUUUGAUAUGUCAUCAAAAGAUUAAGUGAUGGGUGUCAAGGCCCUGUUUGGAGUAGGGCAUCCGUCUCUGACCGCAGAGCCUUUUAUCAAUUAACCUUAUACUAAAAAAAAAUUAAAUUCAUCGUCUGUUUUCAAAUCUUGAUGUCAAGUGGUGAGCAUUAUAUGACUAAUGGUGCUGAUAAGGUACCAAACAAUAAAUUUCAGGUCUAUAUCAGCUACUAGUGUGGGAAUGGCAGUCAUGGUGGAAACUAAUCUGUACUUCUGUUGAAAACUAAACUUCUUGCUUUUUGCACUUCUGGUUAGACUAUAAGCUCAGCUGAUAUAUGUGCAAAACAUAUUUUUGGUGCUAGGAUUGGACUGUGGUAUCUUCUGUAUGCUUGUCUCACCUGUUGGUUCCCUUUGAAAUGAGCAGCACCGACAAGUGUGAUAGUCACUUCCUUAUUUACCAUGCUCUUUUCUAUUUUUGUCGUUGAAAUAACUGUUUGGUCAUUGUAAGUCAUUGUAAUCAGUUCUUCUUUUAAUCUUUAUGGAUGUUUUACCAUUACAUUAUAUAGGAUAUAUUUAAAAAUGACAUUUUAAUUUUAUGUUUUUAAUAAAAUUGUUAUUUAAAUGGAAUAAAAUGACAUAUCAAUAUUAUUUAUAUAACCAUGAGCUUAUGGAUUGUAUUGAAAUUCAUAGAUUUCUUAUGCUAGUAAGUUGUGUAUCUUCAAAAUUCAAUAUUUACAUAAAUAUUACAUGAUAUAUGAACAUAAUAUUCCGUGAGUACUUAAAUAUACAGGUUUUUGCUUUGGUCAGUGAGUGAAACUUUGAACUGGAAAAUUAAAAUGUUUAGUUUGUAAUUUAUGAUAAACACAUAUUUACAAAAUAUUAAUACCAUUCAUAAUAAGCAUUAAGUCUAUCUCUGUCUAUAUGUAUAUUAAAUGGGAAUAACCAUGUGAACACUUAAUGUGAUUAAAUUGUAACAUUUUUUUCUAUUUCUUGGUACAUUCCAAUGUUGGUUAUUCAUUCUUACUUAUCUACUUGUUUCACAGUGUUAAAUAUUACACAAUUAUUAAUCUACUUAAAAAAAAUUGUGUGUUUGUCAGUAACAAAUGGUUUAACAGUCAUUACUGUCUAGUUAUGCAUACAAUUCAGAUGCGUUUUAUAAGUUCCAUGGCUAAAACAUCCCAAUCACUAAUAUGAACCAGCAUAUGAGCCACUAAAACAUACCAAUCACUAAUAUGAACCAGCAUAUGAGCCACUAAAACAUGCCAAUCACUAAUAUGAACCAGCAUAUGAGCCACUAAAACAUGCCAAUCACUAAUUUGAACCAGCAUAUGAGCCACUAAAACAUGCCAAUCACUAAUAUGAACCAGCAUAUGAGCCACUAAAACAUGCCAAUCACUAAUAUGAACCAGCAUAUGAGCCACUAAAACAUGCCAAUCACUAAUAUGAACCAGCAUAUGAGCCACUAAAACAUGCCAAUCACUAAUAUGAACCAGCAUAUGAGCCACUAAAACAUGCCAAUCACUAAUAUGAACCAGCAUAUGAGCCACUAAAACAUGCCAAUCACUAAUAUGAACCAGCAUAUGAGCCACUAAAACAUGCCAAUCACUAGUAUGAACCAGCAUAUGAGCCACUAAAACAUGCCAAUCACUAGUAUGAACCAGCAUAUGAGCCACUAAAACAUGCCAAUCACUAGUAUGAACCAGCAUAUGAGCCACACUCUGGCAAACUCGGCUUAUUGCAUGUCUUAUGGCUAAUGAGGGAUGACACUUUACGCUGAUAUGGAAUAUUUGAUUUAAUGGAAGUCUCUUAUACAGAAAAAAUCCCUUCUGGACAGAAAGUGUCCACCCAGAUUAGCCUGUGCAGUUUGCACAGGCUGAUCUGGGGCAAUAAUUUACUCACAUUCAUAAAGCCUGUUUUUCCCAGAGACUCGCUUAUCAUUUAUUAAAAAUGUUAACAUCAUUUACAUGGGACAAAAUAUAUAAGUUAACCAUUUGAAAACAAGUUUUUAAAGGUUCUUCUUAACUGUGGCUAUGCUACAACAGAAGAAUAUAGACACAACUAUGUCGCUGAACAGCCUGUAAAUUGCUCUAAAACUUUAAACUAUUUUCGUUUUUUAUAUCUGUUUAUUGUUAAAAAAAGGAGCAAGAAGAAUUGUUUUAAAGUAUUCCCUGUUAAUAUAAUUGUGUAGUUCACUGGGUUUAGAAAUUAAUAGUUUAAAGUUUUGUCUUAAAUUCGAUUAAAGUUCAUUUAAAAGUUUAUAGUUAAAAAUGUUCAUAAGUAAAUCAGUCAAUCUUGUUUUAUGGUUAUGGCAUACUGGUCAAAGACUGUGUGCAAGUUAUUCAGGAAAAUUCGACAUCAGGACCACCUGUAAAAAGGUAUCAUGUAAUGCAUGUAAUCAUGAUAAUGUUUGUUAUUUUCUAUCUGUUUUUAUCUCAUUGUUUAGUGCUUAGCUGUGAUAUAUAUAGACAUUUAUUAAAUUCUUUUUAAGUGUUACCAGUGUUAUAAGUAUUGGUCGACAAAUGCAGAUACAAAGAAAACUUUGUCAACAGUAUUGUACAUACAUGUAUAUGGAAAAUGUCAUUUAAAAAGACAGUUCUCUCAAAAGUAAGGCCAAACCAGUAAAUAAUUCAAAUGACAUUAUUAAAUGAGGAGAUCAUUUGAUAAGUGAACAUCAUUCUUUUGUCAUUCUGUGCAAAACGUGUCAUGGUGUGGAUUUUACAAGCAGUAACAUUACUGCAAGAAUUGUACAAUAUGCUUCUCUUUUAGUAAUUGUGGUAUGUUAUUAGUGUCUAAACGUUCACAUUUUUUUCAGGGUAGACAAUUAUGUCUGCUUGUUAUUAGGACGAAAUGCAGUGAUUAUUAUAUCAUGCACAAUGUUAUUGAGUGUGUAAUUAAUGGAAAAUUAAAAAAUUAAUAAAAUAAUCAAUAAACAACU